UUGUAAGUAGUGAAAAAAAAAUCGAAUUUCGAGGUAAUGAAUCGAUGACUUGGACUCAUCUCUAAGUGUUGGUUCUUUUCCUCCGUGGUUUUCGAGUAAUAAGAUGGCCCCAACUGCCAAGACCAACAAGGGUGAUGCUAAGGCGCCGGCUGCCAAGCCCGCCGAGAAGAAGGCGGCACCAGCCGCAGCCAAGGGCAAAGUUGAGAAGCCCAAGGCUGAGGCUGCUAAGCCCGCAGCUGCCGCUGCCAAGAACGUGAAGAAGGCGCCGGAAGCCGCUAAGGACGUUAAGGCAGCAGCUGCCGCAAAGCCCGCUGCUGCUGCUAAACCCGCAGCCGCUAAGCCAGCUGCUAAGGAUGCCCCCAAGAAGGCACCCGCUGCCGCUGCUGCUCCCAAGAAGGACGCCAAGGCUGCUCCAGCUGCUGCUAAGAAGCCCGCCACCACCCCAGCUGCUGCCCCUCCAGCAAAGAAGGCUGCACCAGCUGCCGCCAAGGCUGCUGCUCCCGCUGCUGCCGCCGUCGCUGCUCCAGCUACAGCGGCUGCUGCCAAGCCCGCCGCCAAACCAGCGGCUGCUAAGCCCAAGGCAAAGGCUGCUGCUCCAGCGCCCAGCAAGGUGACGAAGAAGAACGUGCUGCGCGGCAAGGGACAGAAGAAGAAGAAGGUGUCGCUGCGUUUCACCAUCGACUGCACCAACAUUGCUGAGGACAACAUCAUGGAUGUGGCCGAUUUCGAGAAAUAUGUGAAGGCUCGCCUUAAGGUCAACGGCAAGGUGAACAACUUGGGCAACAACGUCACCUUUGAGCGCUCCAAGAUGAAGUUGAUCGUCAAUUCCGAUGUCCACUUCUCUAAGCCCUACCUCAAGUACUUGACCAAGAAGUACCUGAAGAAGAACAGUCUGCGUGAUUGGAUCCGUGUUGUGGCCAAUGAGAAGGACUCAUACGAGCUGCGCUACUUCAGAAUUAGCUCCAACGACGAUGAGGAUGAUGAAGCCGAGUAAAGAUUACAACACAAAACAUUUUUUUACAACUGUUUUCCAAUGACUAAUACAUGUGUCAUGUAGCAGAAUAACAUGGUUACCAGAUUAAAACGCGUAAAAAUAUAA